AAAAAGAGGAUUGGCUCCCAAACAAAUAGAAACUAAACCCUUUGCACUUCCUCAUCUUCUUCUUGUUCCCCUACUGUCGCCGCCGUUAAAGGACUUUUUUUUUCAGAGGCGGCGAUGGCGGAUCUUCUUCCACCUCUUGGGACGGCACAAAUCGAUGGGAAGACUAAAGUAGAUGAGAAAGUUGAUUACUCGAAUCUCCCUUGCCCUGUUCCUUAUGAGGAACUCCACCGUGAAGCUAUCAUGUCUUUAAAGGCAGACAAUUUUGAGGGUUUGCGCUUCGACUUUUCCAAGGGACUGAAUCAAAAGUUUUCUCUUAGCCACAGUGUAAUGAUGGGACCAACAGAAGUUCCUUCUCAGUCACCUGACACGACGAUCAAAAUUCCAACAGCCCAUUAUGAGUUUGGUGCCAAUUAUUUUGAUCCAAAGUUGAUGCUUAUUGGAAGGCUUAUGACUGAUGGUAGGCUAAACGCAAGAGUUAAAGCUGAUUUAACUGAUAGGUUGGUCUUAAAGGCGAAUGGUCAGCUGUCAAAUGAGCCUCAUAUGUCGCAUGCAAUGUUCAACUUUGAUUACAUGGGAUCAGACUACAGGGCCCAACUUCAACUUGGGAACAGUGCUUUAAUUGGAGCAACCUAUAUUCAGAGUGUGACACCCCGUCUAUCUCUGGGUGGGGAAGUGUUUUGGGCUGGCGUGCCUCGGAAGUCUGGUAUAGGUUACGCUGCAAGAUACGACACUGAUAAAAUGGUGGCUACUGCGCAAGUUGCUAGCACCGGAACUAUAGCUAUGAACUAUGUUCAGAAGAUUUCCGAGAAGGUCUCACUCGCCACUGAUUUCGCGUACAACUACUUAUCAAGAGAUGUUGUGGCUAGUGUUGGGUAUGACUACAUUCUCAGACAGUCUCGUGUGCGGGGAAAGAUUGAUUCAAACGGUGUUGCAUCCGCUCUCUUGGAAGAAAGAUUGAGUAUGGGACUCAAUUUUCUCCUAUCUGCAGAGCUUGACCAUAAGAAGAAGGACUACAAGUUUGGAUUCGGUUUAACAGUCGGCUGAUAAAAAGGAUGAUGCUCCACGCAAUAAGCCUGGCUCUACACACGCAGCGCAGGGGUUUCAUCUUGUGCCGGGAUUCAGUUAAAUUUGUUGUAUUUUAGGCUUUUUGGUCGGGGAACGUUGAGAAGUUAAAACAAAAACAAAGGGACUUUUGUGUUGUUUUUUAUGCGGUUUAGGUUUUGUCGUUACUAUUUUUUUUUAAAGAUCUGGUAAACUUGCCAAGAGGUGUAUCAUUUACUUUCCAUACAAGAAAAAACAUUUUUCCUUGUUUACUAAAUAA